AUUUCGGUUUGGGUUCCCUGUGGAUUCUGGCCAUGUUGCUGGGUUUUAAGAUGGCGGCCGCGUUGCAAUAAGCCUAUUUUUUUAUGAAAAUACAAGGAAACACGAGGUUCUUCAGAAAUGGAAAGCCAAGAAGAGGACGUUUGGGUUAUCUCUACAUGGAAGACAGACAUUCCAAACAAAGUGAAAUACAUUAAUGGAUGCUUUAGCUGCCUCAAGUUCCCAGCAUGCUGCCAGCAAGUUCUUAUUGUUCUGGAUAAAUACUAUGCCUCUUACCAGCCCUGUACAUUACAAAACCCUGCGCUCUUUGUCAUGUCAUUUCUUGAAGAACUCAUUGAGAAAUAUCUCUAUCACACGACGGAUAAGACUGGCCAGGGUCUGUCAGCAAUCUUGGAGCUGCGCUUGCUAGAAGUCAUGUGCUCACAUUUCCAGACUCAAGAGUCAGACUUUGUUAGAUAUUGCGUCUUUGAUCUUUUGUUUGGUGUCUCUAGAGAUGACCUUAGGGAAGAGAAGUUUGAGCGCAGGAUUGACCUGCUUACAAAACUGGUUUCAAUGGCAGUUGCCUUGCAAAGUGGCAAUGUCUUAGAUUGCAUGGCAUGGUGGAUACAGAAACAUCGACAUGCCCCAGACUUUGUAGUUAAGAUAGCCUCCUCUAUUGUGGACGACUACACUUGUCUGGUCCCAGCCUCCCUACCGUUCCUGGAGUCUGUUUCCUUCAUCUCACCACCGCUUGCCUGCCAACUUAUCAUUACACAAACUAGUGUCUACACAAUGAAGCCACAACCAGAUAGAGAUGAGACUGAAGCCCAACCUUCUAAUACCCUCGUUAAAGUCAUUGUGAAAUGGAUCAGCACCAACCUGGGAAUAUGUCUUGCAAAGCCAAACAAUACUUUCCUGUCUCUCCCCUCCCUGCACAACCCACCCAUGUCUGAGCCUGCUGCAACACCCCUUCCCACCUGCCCUGUGCUUGGGCUGUUAACCUGGACGGUGUUGCAGCCGCUGGUCUGUCUGGCCGACCAGGAAGAGAGUACCAGGGACCUCUACUCUGAGCUCCAACUGGGUAUCCUUCAAACACUGGUGAGAUCCGGGCGGAACAAGAUGAACCCAAAAGACGAGAUGGAGAUGGAACCAGGAGAGGUGAUGGAUGAGUCUGAUCUACUGCGGCACUUGUUAAAGGGGGAGGAGCUUCACAGCUUGACAAGCACAGUGACAAGUUUUAUUGAUAACCUCAAGCAUAAUGCCAUUGCCAAAGGUGCUGUGCAGGAGAAGAUAGACCUGGCAUUAGACAGACUGGCCCAGGUGCUACAAGUUGCCAUAGCAACAGGCUGCCUAUCUUGUACUAGAGAUGAACUCCUUGCUAUUUGUAAAUCUUUACCAGCAAACAGAUUGCUGGAGACGAUCGCGUCAAAUCUGGACAAGAUGUAGCAACUGUCGGCUUUGGUUCGUAGAGAAACGAGAGAGAUUUGUAGCAACAAACACUCGGCUGCGGUUUGUAGAGAAACGAGAGGAGCAUGUGAUGCCCCUGGUUUGGUCUACAGAAUAAAAACAAAAGGUCUCAUCAGAUUUUCACUUUUUUAGAAGUCGGGCAGAGACCUAAACCGAUUGAAAUUGACCGAAAUCGGCCGCACAAAUCUAUGCUCACUGUAGCACACCUUUGGAAGGCUCGAUUUAACUAUGUAUUGUGUUUACUAUGUAUUGUCUUUCACUCAAAGUGAAAGACUAUGAAAGAUUAAUAAAACGAGGCAUUGCA